CACGGCGCGCGGCGUUGGGCAGUGAGCGAGGGUCGACACACGACACUGGGAUUCGCGUGUGUACACGUCUGUCUACUCCUUCUAGCCGGAUCUGUCAUCACACAUAAGUGAAAAUAGUACCUACAGUUGACUGUUACGGCUGUGAAUUCGCGACCUGAGGUUGUAAACCGCUCGCUUCCCAUCUGGAGCGAAGUUGAUGCGAAGUGGAGCUGUGGGGCUCACCGCGGGGCUGGAUGUUGUUUGCUCGCUUGGAUUGUGCUCAAGCUUUAUCUUCCGUCCACAGACAAAACUUUGUGUGUUUUUAGUGUGUGUCACCUUUCUUGUAAGCUCAGCUAUGGAUUGGUGUUUACCCCUCGCCAGCUUGCUUGUCGUCCUCAUCGUUUUGGUUACAGCUCCCGCAGAAAGUGCCAAGCUUAAUGACUACAUUCUUGAUUUUCGACCUUUGACCUAUGACCGAGUUGCUGUGCAUAAUAACCACCAUCGUGUUCGCAGAUCCUUGGACAGUGAUUUGCAUAUUAGAUUUAAUGCAUAUGAGAGAGAUUUUCAGCUGAGGUUACAGCCAGCAGAGGGAAUAUUCAGCAAUGACCAUAAAGUAUAUAGGGAUGGUGUAGGCAUCCAUACUGCAGAUACAUCUUUUAUUUACCAGGGUACAGUUCAAGGAGACCCACACAGCUCAGUUCACUUGUCAGUUCACAAUGGCAGCAUUGAAGGACAUAUAAAAGUUGAUGGCAGCCUUUUUCACAUUGAGCCAGCUUCCAAAUACCUCAACUCACCCAUCUUUCAUACUGUCAUCUACCCAGACACUCAUCUGGACAAAGACCCGUACAGAGCAAGACGGGAAGCUGAAGUGGGAUCUUGUGCUUUAGACCAUCUUCAAGAAUGGAUGGCAGCAAGUUCACAGUUGGAAGAACCUGCCCAUAUAAGCAAGCGAGCCAUUCUCCAAAAGGAUAUGCUGAUGACUGAAGAUGAGCAGCUAAAUCAACCGUAUCACAUGUAUUCAGCUGACAAUAAUGCAGCAGCAAAUAUUCGUGUGAAACGGGCUGAUGACACCAAGAAAACCUGCUCAUUGCAUAUGAUUGCAGAUCCUUUACUUUUCGACUUCUUUAAAAACAAGAGGCGUGGUCAGACAGUUACUGAUGACCUGGCAGAAGAGGACAUUAUAGGAUUCUUUUCUGCCCAUGUGAAAGCUAUCAGUGAUAUCUACUCUACAACAUUUUUUGAAACAUAUGACAAAUCUAUGAACUACACAGGAAUACGUUUCCAGAUACAUCGUACAACAAUAAUGAACCCAACCAAAUCCUCCACGUCAACUUGUGGAACAUACCGCACAGAAUAUUGCGCUAACAAUCUGGAUGUCAGCAACUUUCUAGACCUGACAUCUCUUGACAACCAUGACAACUUCUGUCUUGCAUUCACGUUCACAUAUCGAGACUUCAGUGGUGGGACUUUGGGCCUGGCCUGGGUGGCCACUGAACAAAGUAUACAGAGUGGUGUAUGUGGUCGCCACAGCACAUUUACUGGCGGCAAAGAAAAAAGUCUAAACACUGGCAUUGUCACAAUCAUUAACUUUGGUAAAACAGUUCCAAACCGUGUUUCCCAGCUCACUUUUGCCCAUGAAGCAGGACAUAACUUUGGAUCUCCUCAUGACAUUGGAUCAGAUGAGUGUGCACCUUAUGGCACAAGGAGAAGUGAUGCCUCAGAUGGAAACUACAUCAUGUUUCCAAGUGCAACGGGUGGAGACCAGCCUCACAAUGAUGAUUUCUCACGAUGCAGCAAGGACAAUAUGACUCGCAUCCUUAAGCAGGUGUUUCAGGGAUACGCACUUCAUGCUUCAUUACAGAAGGCCUCUGAUGAAGCAUUCUGUGGGAACAAAAUCACAGAGCCAGGAGAGCAGUGUGACUGUGGAUUUGAAAAUGAAUGCAACACAGCUACCAGUUGCUGUGUACCUCGAAAAGAAGGCCAAAAUGAUGGAAAUAUGUGUAAACUGAAUUCUGGUGCGGAGUGCAGUCCUGAUUCUGGCCCCUGUUGUAAGGAAGGCUGCAAACUGAUUCAGCCUAAUGAAACUGUUGAGUGCCAGGCGGAAACAAAUUGUUCAUAUGCCUCACAAUGCAAUGGCAUUAAUUUCACUUGCCCAGCACCUCGCCACAAACCAGAUGGUAAUUUCUGCAACACUUUUACAAAAGUGUGCUCCAAGGGGGAAUGCAUUGCACCUCUUUGUAAAAGAAUUUCGUGGGAGGAGUGUUUCCUGACAUCUGAGACUGGAAAUGCUGCAGACUUCUGUUACGUGGCUUGUAAAAAUAAUGUGAGUGGUGUGUGUGUCAGCUCAAGUAAUUCAGAUGCACUAGCAAAAGCUGAAAAUAUAGACUUCAAAAGGCUACUGGAAGAGGCAGCUAAAAACCGAGGAAGUGACCCAUCGAAACCCCAGCUGACCCUGCCCCCUGGUUCAGCUUGUGACAAUUACCGUGGUUACUGUGAUGCAUUCCACAAAUGUCAGCGAGUUGAUGCUCAGGGUCCUUUCAACCAACUAACAAACUUGAUUUUCAACCCUGUGACACUUGGACGAGUUAAAGAUUGGAUUGUUGAAUAUUGGUGGGCAGUACUUUUGAUGUGUGUGGGGCUUGUGGUCUUCAUGGGAGGCUUUAUCAAGUUAUUUGGUUACAACACACCAAGUGAGGACCCAAAAUACAAGCCUUCACGUGAGCAGAGAGCCCGAGCACAGGGCAAUGCACGAGGGAAUGCCAAACAGUCGAGCCAUCCCCAGGAGGGUCCACCCGCUUACCACACAAAUGUAGACAUGGCCCACUACGGACCACACGGAAGACAGAACCCGUAUGAUCGUAUGUCCACUGGCUACGGAACCCAGAAUCAUUAUGAUCGGAUCUCUUCUAGCCAUGGGAGCCGUCAAUAGAAACUGCAGCUACCAGACCUCUUGUUGAAAGGAAUGUUAGUUUCACUCCUUCUUUUAAAUUCAUUGAGCACUGAAGCCAAGUGAAAAAUGGUUAAUUUCUGUUUUACUGUUUGACAAAGGGUGGGAGAAUGAAAGUGAUGGAUGAAAUGAUAUGAUUUGUUACAUACUAUUAUCUUUGUUGCCAUGAUUGCUAAGCUGAUGAGCGCUGGACACACUAUUAUUUGGAAAACUAAAACUUUUCAGUUUCAUUAAGUUCACUACAAUAAAUAUGGUAUACAUUUCAGCACAAAUUUAUGUUAGCUGCUGUUGACAGCAUUCAUAGUUUUUUCCCUCAUGGGGACAUAAUGAUUAUGAACAUUUUGUGUGAAGUGUGUUUUUUUUUUUUUAACUGGAUGUUUUUACACACUGAUGACAGCUAUGUAAAAUAAGGUCUGUAAUAUGAAUGGCAUUGCAUGAAUUAUAUCCAUGAUGGAUCUUUCAUUCUCUGUUUUUAUUUUGAAACAGGGUCCAGAAAAUAUGAUGGUUAUUCUUGAGGCUCUUGAGAAAAAAUAUGAUGAAGGGCUAUAUUUAAAUAACACUGUUCUUAAAAUAAAGAAAUAGACUUUGCUGAACAAUAUCCAAAAACUGCAUUUUAUGCUUGUAUUUUUUUUUUUUUUUAAUGGUUCAGUUUUUAACAUGAUCAGCAUACUGAAGAAAUAUACUAGCUGACUGCUACACAAGCAAUUUAUCCCAAGAUGUCUUUAAAGAAGUGGGCUGGCUGUCCAGAAGAAAGCUUGUCCAUACUUUUUUUUAAUGGUAUUUUCAUCUCCUGGCAUAUUUUCAUGGCGUUGCAAGAAAAGGCCAGAACUGUAUCUAAAAUGAUACAGUAUGGCAUGAGGAUGUAUCAGGUCAGUGAAUGAAUGGGUCUAGUUUAUUUAAUGAAUUAGUUUGUCCCAUGCAUAUUCAUUAUUUUAUUAUUCAAGAUGGUUCUUUCUCUGUAAUUUUAAUCGUACAUUUCCUUGUGAGAAACAUGAUACUAACAGAUUUGUAAUGUUAAGUAUGGUGGUAUGUAAGCAAAUUCUUUUUAAAUUAUUUCUAUAAAAAAUCUAAAAUUAGCCAUAUUAGGAAGAAUGUUGUCAUAAAAAGUAUUAACACUGGACCUGGGUUAUUUACUGCAAACUUCUGAUUGCUUUUGUGUUAACAAGGAGUGACCAAAGGUCAUAUGACAACAGUAGCUUAGGUCUAGAUUCAGUAAUUAAAAUAUAGAAACCCUCUUUAGAUGGUGAAUUCUUCAGUUUUCACCACUUUAGACACCAACUUUCAAUGGUUGGUGUGUUAGGUCAUCAAACCCCAUAAACUGUUGACAAAUGCAAUCAAGCCAAUAGCAAGUGAAGUGUAUGUUUCAACUAUCAGCUAAAGUCAACUUAAUAAUUAUAGAUUUGGCAAAACAUUUCACAUACCUGUUUUAAGGAAAACUUACAGAAGUUUGGUGACUGAAGUUUAUUGUACAAAUAUCUUUGUAUUAAACAUAUGCCACCCAUUGCUCGCUCGCUCUCCGUGCAGAACUGAAUGCCAGCAGUGGUUCGGAUGGUAACAAACUAACAAGAUCUUGAUUCCACUAAAGCACAAGUCACUGCCUGUUGGCAGUGGCAGGUGCGUUGUUGGUGUAUUUGGAUUGAGAGCAUUCUGUUUGAUCCUGCCAAUUAUCAUAUGCAUGUCUAAGUGAAAAUGAAGACCACUGUUUCUUAAUUAAACUAUGAAUCAUCCUAUGUUAACUACAUCUCCUACUGCUGCUUGAUGCUCCGCUUUUUCCAAAUUUUACUUCAAUGUUUUGCUUACUUCAAUGAUUUUACUAUAUAAUUUAUUGAUUGAAAUGAUGGAAUUUGUUUUUCUGUGCUUCUAUUACUGUUUUAAUGCCUGUGUGUGUACAUGCAUGAGAGAGGUAUGCCAUGGGGUUUAGUCCUGACAUGGGUAUGUAUGUUUACUUGUGUAUAUGCAUUUACAAACUUUUUAUCUUGUACACUUAUUGCUUUGUGAUUUAUUGAUGAUGAUAAAAAUGUGUUUUUAAAACAAAAUCUUGCCAGCAGUGCAAAUAUUCAUAUUGUGUUCUGUAUCAGAUUUGACAGUAUUGCUAACAGGGAAUGUAAUAGCAAUGCAGGCAUUUUAUUGCUGUGCUGUUGUGUUCCAUUGUUUAGAUACAUGUUCAUCAAACAACAAGCAUCUGUAUUGUAUAAUGUUGGUGGUCUUCUUUCCCACAAAUUGGAAGGGGCUGGAAAAGAAAAACUUAGUGUACUUUAGAAUUAACAGAACUUUCUCAGCUCUGGAAUAAAUUUACUAUUGUCUUACAGAAUAAAGUGUAAAAUGCGCUUCUACUUAACACAGAUAUAUUGCACUGUUAUCUUUGCAGUUACAGCAUUUUUUGCUGCAUUAACUGUUUGCUUGGUUGCCCAAGUGAAGUUUUAUUUGGAGCAUCAUAAUGUUAUUAAUGAGAAGCACAAAUUUAAAGACAUCCAGUUUUUUUGUUAGUAUUUCAUUGUCUUUCAAAAGACAAAUUACCAGGUGUGCCUCUGUCAGUAAUUUUUUUUAUAUUUCGUGUUUAUGAUUUGUGUCUUGAUUGGCCUUUCACUAUGCUGGUGUGUGUGUGAGUGGGAGAGAGAAUUCAGAUAUCACAUAGUCGUGGACUUCUGAUCAACAAUUUCAGGAUUUUCCAGCUGUCUUCUGCAGUGUUUGCCCUGUUGUUGUUUUUUUUCUGAAACAAUUUGUCCUGUGCUUUCUUGGUUUUAGGAUGCAGUGCAACUUUAUUGUUGCAAGAUUUGCUCUAUAUCUUACAUCAGGAUGUUCUCUCUUCAGUCAUUUUGCAGUUUCUUGGUAUGAUGAUAUCCAAAUUUCCUACCAGCUGCAUUACAUAAUGAAUUUUAACUCGCCCAUACGAAAAAUCCACAUAUCAUUUGGUAAUAUUCAGUAGAUAAUGAGUUAGCACAAGAGUUGAAUGUUGGGGAGUAGCAGAAUGGUGAUGGAGUAUUGUGAAAGGAUGUUGGGUAAAUGCACAACAUUUUGUUCCCCUCUUCAUAAUCGUAUUUGAGAAUAAUGCUGCAGUAGGGAUAGGAUUUUAUAUGCUUGUGGGAAUGGAGAUACAGCAGUUGGUGGAGGAUGUUCUGAAUGCGACAGUGAGAGAGAUGAUAUUGAUACUGCUCAUGUUUAAAUUACAAACCACAUCACUUUCAUAGCUUGGUCAUAAUAUUUACCAACUUGUUCACUUGCCUUUCAUUUUUGGAUGUUGUGUAUUUGUAUCUUACUUAUUCAGAAGAGAAUAUUUAGAAAGUAGAGCUUCUGUGUCGGACAUUAACUGUCCUGAUGUUACUGCUGUUUGUGUCAGUCACUGAUAACAUUGGGAAAAAAUAUGCAAAAAUUAAAAGAAAUGGAGGGUGUUUGUGGGUGGGGGAACUUAGCUUUGGAUAAUAGGUAUUUUAAUCUGUGCACAAAUCACAGUAUAGCUUUUAUAAUCCCAUAGUACAGAGCAGACAUUAUGUAUAUAUUAGACCAGUGAAACUAUUGAUGAGUGUUCCUUCUGUAUGAUCCUCUUGUUCAGCCUUAUAUACAUCUAAUUAAUUGUGUUUAUGAAUUUAUCUUCAUGAAUUGAAGUGCAGUUAUAUAGACAUUGAAUCUUACAUAUCUGACUGUUGUAUUUAUGUCUCAAAUUGAAGCAAGUGCAAUUAUUAAUGUUAAAUAAUCAAACACUUUGUACCGAAAGUGUUCAGCAUAUAAAACUGAGAGCUGCUCUACUUUCUGGCUGCAGUCAAAUUAUUGAUACAAUUUUCUGGCAAAUAGUACUUGUUAAGUUUGAAAAAAGAAAAAAAAAAAAAACCCCAGUGAUGCAGUAGCCAGGGGCUAUUGUCCCCAAACAGCUCAGCUUCAAAAGCAUGUUCCAUUUAAAGUGAAGCAUAUAAUUGAGUAGUUUCUGUUUAUUUAUUAUUUUCAUAAAGAAAUUCACAUUUUUUUUUCCCAAGUAGACUGCAUGGGCGCCCUAGUCAACUCUACAGCAUUGGUGUAGAGCAGUUUCUGGUGAACCACAAAGUCUUGUAAAAGUAACGCUAAAUGCUUGUAAACCCACAGAGGGCAAAGUUAAAAGUAGAUUUUGGAUUUGGAACAAAUGUUUCCAAGAUGUAAAUUAGCUUUCAGUACUUGCUCUGUUCCUCUUCAUCAGUUCUAGCAGGCUAAUGCAGUAAUUUGUUCAACUGCUUUUUCACAAGGUGAACCAGGUUGAAAAUGUGUUGUCAACAAUUCUUGGAUGGAAAUCACUUUCAUAAUUACAGACUGCACAAACACCCUUAUGGGAUUUCAGAUGACUGACUUUCAUUCAGGAACAAGCAAGCUGAUUCACCUGUCAGAUGGAGGAUUACUAGAGAUGACUAUGUCACUCUGCAUGAAUGAAAUGUUUCUUCAUUCACAAAGCCAGGAAGCUAUCUGUGAUUACGUCUGCAUUAUAGCAUAUAUGUGUAUAUUGUAUGUGUGUGUGCAUGUUUGUGUACAUAUAUGUAUAUUUCCAUUGCAUACUUUUGUGUACUUACAUAUUAACAAUUCUAAAUAAUCAUCUUGAUACUUAACACUUAAUACUUGGCACAUAGUCCUUUUGUGAAGAUAGGGAUUGUUAAUUUUAAAGCCUAUUAAAAUCUUGCUUUAAUAUUACAAGAAUAAAAGAUAAGGCUGUUUUCAUGCAUUGCAUUUUAGACACCAAAAGCAUUUGUGUGAUCAUGGUUUAUAGAUCUUUGUGAGAAUAUGAAAAGUCAUGAUCUCCUGGAAGAGACACCACUUCAAAACUAUUGCAGAACAUUUUCUUGAUUGUAAAACAUUUAAUAGCCAUGCAUAUUUUGAUAUGCACAAAUAUUCAUCACUCUUGCAUACACAAAUUUGCAUUUACGAAGGUAUGUUAAUCUUUAUGCACUGUGAGUUAGGUAUUUUUGCCAAUGACUUAUCUGGAUGUCAAAUAUUCUUAACUAAAAGUAAACAGCCUGCUCUGUAUUCAUGUUAUGGCAUAUCAGUAUUCUUCAUUAUCCUCUGAUGCGAGAUCCACGUUUCAUUGUAAAAUGUGUAUCGUUUUGUGUAUGUGGGGUUAUUAAUGUAAGCUGCACCUGUACCUUUUAUUCUGUUCUGGGAAUAAUCUGGGGACAGAUGAUGUUUGAAUGGGGUAUAAAGUUUUACAAAAAUUGUUCACACGAGUUACAAGACUAUUUUUAUUAGCAUUUUUCUGGUGGUAAAAAUGCAGUUUUUUGGCAUUUCUGUUUUUGCAGUGGAAAAAGUCAUUUUGUCACAUCUAUGCAAAUUUUAAGUUUUUUUUAAAGAUAUUUGUGCAUCAUUUGUAUGUCUAAAAAUGAAAUCAGUAAAAUAUUAGUUGCUGCUACUGCUGCCUUGAUGAUCAAUGUAAUAUUUAUUCAAAGAAAACAUCAACUUUUAUUCCACUGCAAGCAUCUUUGUUGCAGGCCUUUCUUAUCAAACUUGAAUACUGCAGCUGUUGCACCAGUGCAAAACUUCUACUUACCUGUAAGGCUAAGGCAAACAUUAGCAUUAUUUUGCAAUUAAUGACAAAAAAAAUAUAAGGUGUAAAUACUGAUAUGUGAGAAUGGUUCUUGUCUUACACAGAAUGUUCACUCCUUUUAUUCAUUCAUCUUAAAUGUUAUUGGUAAUGACAAGCAGUUUGCAUGUGUGUAAGGUUUUUGAGAGAUUUUCGCCUGCAUGCUUGCUCAUGAAGACAGGUAAGCGGGGUCCAUCCUUUGAUACUUAGGUAUGGCAUCCCUGACUGGUUCAUUCCAUUUGCAAAGAUUUCACUUCUAUGUAAUGGGUACCUUUUCUGGUUUUUAAUACAGAAUAAAUAUUUUACUAAUGUUU